AUGCAGUCACAUCACUGGUCUACACUUCGUUUUUUUAAUUUAAAAUUUUUUUUUGCCUCAUACUCUCGCUGUCUGACACACUGUCUUCUUAGCAGCUUGCCUCCACUCUAAACCCGUACAUUAGCGCGACGGGUCACAGCGGCAGUGAGAAUGAUGAUGUCCAAAAACUCCUCUCUUGGGAACCACUCGCUCGAGGAGUUAAUCUCUGGAGCGCCGGCUCGGAGUCCCUCCCUCUCCCGGCUGGGGCUCCGCCCCUCUCCCCUCGCCGCCGUCCCGGAGGGCUUGCCCUGUAGGGGGCGGCCCCAGCCGGAGUGCUCCGCCCGGCGGAGCUGCGGCUGCCGCGUCCGGCUACCGGACCGGACCCCGGGCGUGCCGACGGCCGGAGCCGCGCCGGCCCCCUAGCCCGCCUCCCUGCCCGCCCUCCGCGCCUCCCGAGCCCUCUCCCCACUCCCCGCAACUGUCCUGCACAUGGUGAUGAGUUUCCGGGUGUCUGAGCUCCAGGUGCUUCUCGGCUUUGCUGGCCGGAACAAGAGUGGACGCAAACACGAACUCCUGGCCAAGGCCCUGCACCUCCUCAAGUCCAGCUGUGCCCCCAGUGUCCAGAUGAAGAUCAAAGAGCUUUAUCGCCGACGCUUUCCCCGGAAGACCCUGGGGCCCUCUGAUCUCUCGCUGCUCUCCCUGCCGCCCGGCACCUCUCCCGUAGGCUCACCUGGUCCGCUAGCUCCCAUUCCCCCAGCCCUAUUGGCCCCUGGCACUCUGUUGGGCCCCAAGCGUGAGGUAGACAUGCACCCCCCUCUGCCCCAGCCUGUGCACCCGGAUGUCACCAUGAAACCAUUGCCUUUCUAUGAAGUCUACGGGGAGCUCAUCCGGCCCACCACCCUUGCAUCCACUUCUAGCCAGCGGUUUGAGGAAGCGCACUUUACCUUUGCCCUCACACCCCAGCAAGUGCAGCAGAUCCUCACAUCCAGAGAGGUUCUGCCAGGAGCCAAAUGUGAUUAUACCAUCCAGGUGCAGCUAAGGUUCUGUCUCUGUGAGACCAGCUGUCCCCAGGAGGAUUAUUUCCCCCCCAACCUCUUUGUCAAGGUCAAUGGGAAACUGUGCCCCCUGCCGGGUUAUCUCCCCCCAACCAAGAAUGGGGCUGAGCCCAAAAGGCCCAGCCGCCCCAUCAACAUCACACCCCUGGCUCGACUCUCGGCCACUGUUCCCAACACCAUCGUGGUCAAUUGGUCAUCUGAAUUCGGACGGAAUUACUCCUUGUCUGUGUACCUGGUGAGGCAGUUGACUGCAGGGACCCUUCUACAAAAACUCAGAGCAAAGGGUAUCCGGAACCCAGACCACUCCCGGGCACUGAUCAAGGAAAAAUUGACUGCUGACCCUGACAGUGAGGUGGCUACUACGAGUCUCCGGGUGUCACUCAUGUGCCCGCUAGGGAAGAUGCGCCUGACUGUCCCUUGUCGUGCCCUCACCUGCGCCCACCUGCAGAGCUUCGAUGCUGCCCUUUAUCUACAGAUGAAUGAGAAGAAGCCAACGUGGACAUGUCCUGUGUGUGACAAGAAGGCUCCCUAUGAAUCUCUUAUCAUUGAUGGUUUAUUCAUGGAGAUUCUUAAUUCCUGUUCGGAUUGUGAUGAGAUCCAGUUCAUGGAAGAUGGAUCCUGGUGUCCAAUGAAACCCAAGAAGGAGGCAUCUGAGGUUUGCCCCCCGCCAGGGUAUGGGCUGGAUGGCCUCCAGUACAGCCCAGUCCAAGAGGGAAAUGCAUCAGAGAAUAAGAAGAAGGUUGAAGUUAUUGACUUGACAAUAGAAAGCUCAUCAGAUGAGGAGGAUCUGCCUCCGACCAAGAAGCACUGUUCUGUCACGUCAGCUGCCAUCCCAGCCUUACCUGGAAGCAAAGGAGUCUUGACGUCUGGUCACCAGUCAUCCUCGGUGCUGCGGAGCCCUGCUAUGGGCACGCUGGGCGGGGAUUUCCUGUCCGGUCUACCACUACAUGAGUACCCACCUGCCUUCCCACUGGGGGCAGACAUCCAAGGUUUAGAUUUAUUUUCUUUCCUUCAGACUGAGAGUCAGCACUAUGGUCCCUCCGUCAUCACCUCGCUAGAUGAACAGGAUGCCCUUGGCCACUUCUUCCAGUACCGGGGGACCCCUCCCCACUUUCUGGGCCCACUGGCCCCCACGUUGGGGAGCUCCCACCGCAGCUCCACUCCAGCACCCCCUCCUGGCCGUGUCAGCAGCAUUGUGGCCCCUGGGGGGGCCUUGAGGGAGGGGCAUGGAGGACCCCUGCCCUCAGGUCCCUCUUUGACUGGCUGUCGGUCAGACAUCAUUUCCCUGGACUGAGUUCCUUGGAUUAUGGAAACUUCAUUGCCCCCAACACCGAUCAAGUAUGCUGUGGAGUCCUGACCCCUGGCUACUCCGACCCCUCGGGGGUGGAGGGGUUUGGCCAAAGGCCAGACCUUCAUGGACACCUACUUUUGGCCUCAUCUCUGCCUGACAAGGCCAGCACCCAAAAGGUUAAUAUUUAACCUCUUUUUAAGGACAUUGGGGUCUACUUUUGGAAAUGUUCUUUAGAUGGUGGCACAUUCCUUUGGACAUGUUGACUUAGGCAGUGGGAGGCAAAAAUGGGAUGGGAUGUGAAUUUGAGGAAGGACUGAAUCCUCAGCCUUGACUAUGUGUAGAGCCUUUUGGGGAAGGGGCCCUUCUCUUGUUCCUCAAAUACCCUCUCUUCCCAUUCCCAGAUCCAUGGCUCUGUUUCUUCCCAUUUUCUUUUCAUGUCCAUUCCAUUCCCUUUGGCCACACAGACAGAUGGAGAAACUGAGACAGGCUGUUUCAGAGACGGACAGAGAACUUUAUUUUGGGUUGUGGAUUUUUUGUACAUAAACAAGAAAAACCAAAAUACUCCAAAGAUGACUUCCCUUGCCUCCUGCUUCCAGUAUGACCGAGGAGGAGAUAAGGCCUUAGCCAUGAUCCCCAGGGGUUUGGGAGCAGGGCCUGGCCUAUUACCUGGUUCUCUCUCUAUUUAUAUAUUUAAGUUCAUGAUGUUUCUUAUGCCAACAGGCCAGGACUUAAGCUUCUAGAGGCCCAUGGCCCUGUGGUUAGGCCUGGCUCAUUCUGCACCUUUCUGGAGAGAGGCGGACCCUUGUGUCCUCCCCCGCAAUCUCCUUUUUCAGGCUUCUCCAGGGCCUAGGAUCUAUGUUGUAAUUUUACUUUUUACUCCCAAAGUUGUAGUGAAGUUCUCACCCAUAAUAAAGAUUGUGAAUGUUC